AUGAGCCUGGCUAUCCGGCCUACACUGCGCCCCGUCGUCUGGUCCAAUGUAGACGCCCAUGGUCACACCCUCCGUCGCGAGCGAUCUCCGGACACAGACUCCAAUGACGAAGACUACUAUCCUGCAAAGAAGAAGAAAAAGGCCAUCGGGGUCCCCGCCGUCUACUAUCCGCCCCCAUUGAGCCCCUCCGAGAUGCUGUGGCGUGAUCGCUAUGGAUAUCUUUUUCAGAGGGGGUACCAGAUCCGCCCCCGCUAUUCACCCAACUGGUCCCCAACGUGGUUGGGCAACGGGAGGCACCAUCACAGUGGAGAGGAUCAUAUCAUGCAGAUUCUUCCACAGGUUCUGGACGGUAUCAGAAGACAGGAUGGUUUGGUUGUGUGUAUCAAGAUGAUUCAGGAUCGCAGAAAGUUGCGUCAGGUCGCUAUUGUCGAAUAUUUUUCGACGCGCCGCUUAUUGGAAGACUCGCGAAAUCACAUCGUGCCAUUUUAUGACUCGUUUGGAGAUUCGUUCUCCCCGCACAUUCAAUUCAUGGUCACCCCUGUACUUCGCCGCUUUGAUGAUCCACCGUUUCUCAUGGCGUGUGAAGUUGUCGAUUUCGUGUCACAGGUCCUUGAGGGUCUGGCGUUCAUGCAUGAAAACAACGUUGCUCAUCACAACCUUACGGCCGAGCAUAUCAUGAUGGAUGCAAAAGCCCUUGUUCCUACUGGCUGGCACUUUGUGUCACACUUCUGUGAACCAGAUGGUAUGACAAGAAUACAACCUCUGGACCGCAAAAAUCAUUCCGUGCGAUAUUACUUUGUCGGAUUUGGGAGUUGUUAUCACAUCUCCCCCAACAAAGAACCUUUGGUCACAGACAUAGGAGGCCUCGAUGACGAUGUUCCAGAGUUGUUCACUGGAAAGCCUUACGAUCCCUAUAAGCUUGAUGUAUACACCCUGGCAAAUGUUUUCUUGAAGGAACUAUACCUGGUUCGUUUCCCCGCAGCCUGUUCUAAAAAAAGUAUAGAAGUUGAUGAGAUCAUCGAACAGAAAUAUCACGGUGUAGAAUUUUUGAAGGACCUCACGGAUUACAUGCGUAUACAGGACUUCGAAAAACGCCCAGGUGCCACCAAGGUUCUCAGUAGGUGGUAUCGCAUGCGCAGCAAUUUUAACGAAGACGAGCUGGAAGAACUUCCGUUAGUCUAUAAGCCGGGCAUGCGCCCCCGUGUCCUUACCGAAUCGCCUCCAAGUAGUUCAGGCGGACGGUCCACGAAACGCGACAUCAACACUAUCGUUAAUCGAUCAGGCGCGAAGGAUCGACCUACUACGUCAGGUUCAUCUUCGGCGUCUCCAUCUGCAUCAGCAUCAAGGCCGUCAAUUUCGCCCAUGGUAUCACCAAGGCCGCCAGUGUCGCCUAUGACAGCGCUGCGGCCGUCAGCCUCUCCCAUCACUUCGAAUAGACAGCCAGCAUCUCCAUUGGCCUCGUCCAGACCAUCAGCUUCCCCUAUGACUUCGUCUAGGCCACCAAUAUCUCCCUCCACAUCGUUUCCUUCUGCAGGAACUAGUGGUUCUUCAAGAGUGUCGUCGUUUUCGUCAGGUUCAACAGGAGCUGUCUCACCAAAAGUAGAAUCGACCAUGAGGACGUAG